ACAUAUUUACCAGUUGCAAAUUCCAACCUAUAUUUUCAUUGAAAUGUUCGCUACUGAUUACUAUAACCCCUUCAACAAAAUCAAAUCAACUUCCAAUAAUGGUCAACUUUCUCCUAACCCUCCCAUUCUUUCUAAGACCAUAACGGAUUACUUCACUAUUAAAAAGAACUUACCAAUUGAUGUAUCCUUGCCAGAGAAUAUUGAGAAUGGUAGUGAUUUCGAAUCAGGAGAUGAUACAAAUAUUGAUCCAUUUGAUAAGGAAUAUUGCCCAUAUACUCCACGAACAAGUUAUUUACCUUUAACAAACUAUGAUGCUUUUUCUUCACCCAUAGUGGAUCCAUACUUUCCUACAGAUGUGGUUGUCCCCCAAUUCACCCCUUACAAAUUUCUCGUUGUUGAUGAUAACAUUAUUAAUUUGAAAAUCUUGUGUCGCCAACUCUUGAAGAUCUUUCCAUAUGCUGAAGUCACCAAGCUCCAAGAUUCGACCAAAGUUAAACCCAUAUUAGACACAAAAUCAUUCGAUCUUGUGUUUCUCGACAUAGAGAUGCCAGAAGUGAAUGGGAUUGAGUUGGCUCAACACAUGAGAUGUAGUGAGAGGUUUGACCAGUGGGGAGUAAUUGCUGUGACAACAUUGACUUCAGUAAGAGAUUUAAACACUUAUAAGAACUGUGGUAUUGAUUUUACUUUUGAAAAACCAAUGAAGGCAGAUUUAAGUGAGAUAGCUAGAAUUAUUGAUGAGAUUAUCCGUCAAAGAAAGUUUGGUCUUUUCUCUUAGUUUUCUUUUACUCUUUCUUAUAAGCUUUAGAAAUUGUUUUAGAGUAAAUAGAGUUGUUUAAAAAUCAAUAGGAUUAAUAUAAAGAAACAAAUACUUA